AUGAUGAUGAUGAUCUGCUCUGACCCCCCCGCAGAGACUUCCCCGGCCCGCUGGCAGGGAGCAGGGCCCUGCGAGAGACAAGCGGCGGGUGCAGCCCUGGUGUCUGCGCGGGCAGGUGUCAGCUCGGUGCCCCGCCCCAGGGCCCGCGCUGUGGCCAGGCAGCCAAGCCCCUUUCCUCACGGCCAUGGUGGGGGGUCCCAGCCCUGCCCACACUGGGACACGAGGAAGGCGCGCGGCGCCUCCUCAGCUGGGCAGGCGGGGCGGGGAAGGGGGCCGCGCGGGCAGACACGAGACAGGACCGGGGCGGGCCCCCAAGGCUCCUCCCGCGCGCGCCCGGCCCUACGAUUGGCUGGCGCCUGGCGAGCCGGGGCUGGCGCCAAUUCGAAGAGCGGGUCCGGAGCGCCAGCCAGCUCCGGCCAGUCCCGCCGCGUCCCGCGCAGCCCCGCCAUGCCCGCCGCGCCCGAGCAGCAGCGCCCGGCGCCCUCGCCGCACGGGGAGCUGCAGUACCUGGGGCAGGUCGAGCACAUCCUGCAGCGCGGCCACCGGAAGGAGGAUCGGACCGGGACCGGCACCAUCUCCGCGUUCGGGCUGCAGGCGCGGUACAGCCUGAGAGAUCAGUUUCCUUUGUUGACGACAAAACGAGUGUUCUGGAAGGGAGUGCUGGAAGAGCUGCUAUGGUUUAUCAAGGGUUCAACAAAUGCUAAAGAGCUCUCUGCAAAAGGAGUGAAGAUUUGGGAUGCCAAUGGAUCACGUGACUUCUUGGAUAAACAAGGUUUCACUGACAGAACAGAAGGGGAUUUGGGACCAGUGUAUGGUUUCCAGUGGAGACACUUUGGAGCUGAAUACAAAGAUAUGAAUACAGAUUACUCAGGCCAAGGAGUGGACCAGCUGCAGAAUGUAAUCGACACAAUCAAAAACAAUCCAGAUGACAGAAGAAUCAUCAUGUGUGCUUGGAAUCCCAAAGAUAUUUCACUAAUGGCUUUGCCUCCAUGCCACGCUCUGUGCCAGUUUUAUGUUCUAAAUGGUGAACUGUCUUGCCAGUUGUAUCAGAGAUCUGGAGACAUGGGACUGGGGGUGCCUUUCAAUAUCGCCAGUUAUUCACUGCUCACAUAUAUGAUUGCCCAUGUCACAGGCCUGAAGCCUGGUGAAUUCAUACACACACUAGGAGAUGCUCAUAUAUAUCUGAAUCAUGUUGAACCUUUGAAAAUUCAACUUCAGAGGGAACCACGACCUUUCCCAAAACUCAGAAUUCUUCGUAAAAUUGAAAACAUCAGUGACUUCAAAGCAGAUGACUUUCAGAUUGAAGACUAUAACCCACAUCCAGCUAUUAAAAUGGAGAUGGCUGUUUAA